AUGGUGGCGCGUGGGGAGCACAAGUUAUUGAUUUGCCUCGUCGGCGUCCACCACCAUUAUCGCCGGAUUUUUAUAUACUCACGAAGAAGUGGAAGAAGAAGCAGAAGCAGAAGCAGAAACCAACUUCUACUUGAUCUCUCUCACUCUCGCACUCUCUCUAUAUCUUUCUCGGAGCACUUCUUGCUGAGUUUAGAAAGAGAGAGACUUAACGCUGCAAUGGAUCAAUCGAAGAAGUUGAAAACUUCCGAUUUUGCUGAUGAUGAAUCCUCAUCAUCUUCAUCUUCUUCGGGACAUAAGCUCAGAGCUGAGAUGGUUGUAGAAGUGGUGAAGAAGGAAGCCGUUUCUUCUUCGCGGCAAAUUCAAAAAGCAGACAGAGAGAAGAUCCGUAGAGAUAAGCUCAACGAACAGUUUCUUGCCCUCGGAAAUGCAUUAGAUCCCAAAAGGCCAAAGAGUGACAAAGCUUCAAUAAUCACAGACACAAUACAAAUGCUAAAGGAUCUAAUGAACCAAGUUGAUCAACUAAAGGCAGAGUAUGUCACACUCUCUCAAGAGUCUCGUGAGCUAAUUCAAGAGAAGAGCGAGCUGAGAGAGGAAAAAUCAUCUCUUAAGUCCGAAAUUAAGACUCUUAAUGCUCAGUAUCAGCAGAGAGUCAGAGCUAUGGUCCCAUGGAUUCCACAUUACACUUAUCCUCUCCCUGUAGUAGCCAUUACUCAUGGACCAGUCCCAAUUCAGCCUUUUCAGCCUUUUCCACCUAACCACUGCUCCACUUUUAUACCUUAUUCAGCCUCAGCCAAUCCUUCUUCGUCUUCUGUUGCUUCGAACAAGUCAGAUUGCAAAAGAAAGUCUUUAGAUUUGAAUCUUAUGAGGAAGAGUAACCAUUCAGAUUGCAAAGAUGAUGUUGUUGGUUUGGAUCUUGAGCUUAAGAUACAUGCCUCUUCUUCAGCUCAACAGGUUGUUUCUGGAACAGAGAAGAAAGGAAGCUCGACAAACACUAGCAACUCUUCAUCUAAAGCUGUUCAAGAUAGUUCCUCUGCUAGUGUUAAUAACAUUUUGAAAUCAGAAAACCUAUAA